CUGCUCUGCAACUACUAGCAAUUACUCCGUGACCGCGAAGCCAGCGCCUUUUCAUCCAACAUCCAGCGCCGUCGCACGGGAUCCGCUACACCGCAGCCCGCUGAUGCCACUGCCGUUUCGUGAAUGCCAGAACAGCGAGCAAUUCAGGCUGUGUUUCCACUUUUGACUUGGCAGGCUAGCCCUUGCGGUAUAGCCAAGCUGGGACUGGGGAGCCCCGCCCCUCCCCUGAUGCGGAGCGCGUAUGUUCGACAUUUGCGUGGUGAGGUUGUAGCGUUUCAAUGGUGAGACGCCUACCGAUACCGACGUGCCUCAGACUGAACAAGCCCAGCGCAAGGCCGCGUAAAGGUGAGGGCGAGAAGGGAAGAGGAGGCAAAGAAUAUUCCGGCCCCAAGGCCGCUAGCAUCGUGCUAUGUAGCGAUCAGCUAAUGUUCCUCGCGAUCUCGUUGGUGCGAGUACGAUAUGGG